AUGCCACCGACCUAUCCCUACCGCGCCACCGCGCUGAUGAAGUACAAGUCGGCGCCAGGCGGACCGGCUUUCUCCUUUGGCGCGGGCGACGAGUUGAGGGUUCUUGCGGCGGCUGAUGAGGAGGGGGAUUGGCUGGAGGGGGAGAAUGCGAGGGGCGCGAAGGGAGUGUUCCCGAGCAGUUUCGUCAGGGAGCUUGAGGAGCAGGAGGAAGGGCGAGGGGACAGUGCGUCGGUUGAGGCGGUUGGGACGGCGCAGAACGAGGAGGCGGAGCAGAAGGCGAGGGAGACGGUUGAGGCGACGCCGAAGGACGACACGAACGUCGUCGAGGGGAGCGAGUCGACGCCGGCGGACGAACCUGCUCUCGCCGCGGAACCUACCUCUCCUCCCGCUCCGCCCAAGGUCGACGCUCCCCCCGAGACGAUCACCUCGCCCACUGUCGCCGACGUGACGCCCUCCGCGACCGUUGCAGCCGAAGCGCCAGCCAAAUCCGCGUCUCCUCCGCCUCCUGCGAAGAAGCCGAACGCCCUCGCCUCGCGAAUCGCCGCGUUCAAUGCCGCCGCGCAGCAACAAGCUCCUCCUCCCGUUGCGCCGAAGCCAAAGCCUCGUCAAUGGGCUCGACCAGCCGCACCGGCCGCUGCACCUCCGCCUCCCGCCGCGCCUUCCUCCGACGCUCCUCCCGCUCCAGCUCCUCCCGCCGCUCCCUCCGACCUUGCAUCCGCCGCUUCCGCGACCGACGAGACGCAACCGCAAGCGCAGCGCGACUUCUCAGCGGAAGACGCACAAGAGUCGAUCUCGCGCGGUGGAGGCUCGCUUCGGGACCGUAUCAAGGCCCUUCAAGGCGGACUCAAGAUGGAGCAGCCUCCUGCGCCGGGUCGGGCGCCGCCUAAGCCUUGGCGCAAGCCUAGUGCUGAGCCGGACGCAGCGGAGGAAGCGAAGGAGGAGGGGAAGAAGACGCAGCAGGACGAGGCGGAGGUCUUGCAGGAUGCGGUCGUCAAGGAUGAGAGGCCGAGGGAAGACGAGACGAAUGCGCAGAGUCCGGGCGCGGAAGUGCCGGGCUUCGAUCCUGCCGAGGGCGAGAGUCCGUUCGUGCCAGGCAGCAUCGCAGGCGACGACGAGCAGGAGGCCAAUUCGCAGGACGCGAUCGAGCCAGCUUCGAGCUCGAGCAACGCCGCCAAGCAGGAAUCAGCUGCUGCGAGUGUUGCCGCGCCCGCCAUCGUCGAGGAAAAGGAGCAAGACUCGACUGUUUCUUCCGUCGCCGUCCCCAUCGAGCCCGAGGAGGUCAAGCCGGUCCAGGACGAGUCAGCCGCACUUGGGGACGAAGACGACGAGGAGUCGAAGCGCGCCAGCCUCGCUGCUCGGAUGGCCAACCUCGGCGGCCAACGAAUGGGUCUCCCGAUGCCGGCGCUUCCGAAGCGAGCUGCUGGACCUCGAGCGAGGAAGGCCAAGGCGGCUGUCUCGCCUGCCGCGGUCGAGGUCGAGGAGAAGGCGCUGGGCGAAAAGGAUAAGCCGGUGGAGGAGGCAGCUUCGACCGACGAACCUGUCGCUCCCGCUGGAACGGACGACGCCGAAGCUUCGGUUGUUCAGCCGUCGCCGGAGGAGCAGAAGGAGCAGGAGGGCGAUGUUCUGGCCUCGAUGGGCGGCGCGAACGCUCUCCUCGCGCAGGAUGACGAAGACGAGGAGACAACCGCGAAGGCUCCGAUUGACGACGACGACUUCGACUCGCCUGCUCCUCCCGCUCCGCCGCAGCGGACCAUCCCCCCUUCCACCGACGAGUCUGAGCCUGCCGUCGAGGGCGACGAACCGUCUGCUCGCGCUCCCCCUCCUCCGCCUCUUUCGUCUCGCCCGCCCCUCCCGCCCUCUUUCGCUCGCGAGGAGGCAGACGAAUCGACCGGCGACCUUCCCGACUCUGGCGCCACCGCUCGCUCGCCUCCGCCUCCGAGUCGCCCGCUCGACCCGCCUGCCUCCUCGUCUGGCGCCGAGCCGAUCGCCGACGAACCUCAGCCGACUGCUCACGAAGCUGAGCGCGACCAGGCCGACGACGCACACAUGUCGCCGCCGCCUCUCCCCAAGGGUCGUCCGCCUGUCCCGCCCGCUUUUGUGCGCCAGGGGACCGAGCAACCCGCGGCCGCCGAGCAGGACAAGGAGGAGGAGGAAACGGCUUCGAAAGACGCAGAAGAGCCUCAGCACCCGCCUCUCCCGACGCAUCCUGCUCCGCUUGGCGAAAAGCGCGUCACGACCGCCGCCGAAGACGCCUUCAUCGCGCAAAUGCCCGAGAUCGUCACCCCUCCCGAAGAAGCCGCGGACGAGUCCACCGCUGCGCCGUCGCUCAACGCUCCUACGACUGAGACGAUUGCGCAGGGAAGGAUUGAGGAUGGUCAUGAGCCGGCUGACAUGGGCCAGCCGGCUUGGGGGAAGGUUGAGGGGACCGAGACGCCGGCUGUUGAGCUGAGUCCGCCUGCGCUCGCGCCGAAGAUGAUGUCGAAGGAGGACACGAACGCUGCGCCUGCUGAGCCGAAGCAGGAAGAGGAGGAUGAGGAAGAGGAGGAAGACCCUGAGAUCGCUCGUCGUCGUGCGCUUGCGGCGAGGAUGGCCAAGCUCGGCGGGCGAGGACCCUUGAUGGGCGGCCCGAUGCUGGGUUUCGGUGGACUCCCGCCGAAGAAGCCGGCGAAGAAGAAGCCGACGUCGGAGCUGGCGGAGCAGGGAGACUUGAACGCUGCUGGAGGACCGAAGCCGGACCAGCCCGCACCCCGCGACGAGGAAGAAUCAGCUCCCGCACCUCCUCCCCGUCGUCCAGGCGGCAUCCCCGCCGGUGGCUUCGCGCUCCCCGGCAUCGCACCUCUCCGUCUUCCACCCCAACACGAGCCCGAGGAGCAACCUUCACAGACGGAAGAAGAGUCUGAGCCGCUCCCGACGUCGGGCAAGACGCUCGCUGAGAAGUCGGCUGCUGCGACGGAUGAGGUUUUCGCGCGGAAGGACGAGGAGAGGGAGAAAAUGGAGGAUGCAGGGGUUGCGCCGCAGGAUGAGGAGGACGCGCAGGAGGAGCAGGUCGUCGAGCAGGUGGAGGUGCCGCCGCCUCUUCCGCCCAGCCGGCCGUCGACUUUGCCGCCUCGUCGGUCGGUGCCGAUCCCGGCGGAGGAGGGGCAGCAGCAGGGGGACGAUGCGGCAGACGAUGAGCCUGAGCAGCCUGACGUCCUCGGCCAAUCGAGGCAGGUCGAAGAGCCUGAAGCGUAUGGCGAGGAACUGCAGGCUGAGGAGGCUGAAGAGGAGUUGCCGCCUCCGCCACCUCCUCCUCGUCCCGCAGGCGGCCACCAGUCUUCCCUGCCCCUCUCGCCUCCCAUGCCGCCUACUCGCGCCAUCCCCUCCUCUCCGCCAACUCAUCCAGCCCCGAACCCGACAUUCUUCCAGCAAGACGACGCCGAGCUCGCUCGCACCGCUACGCAGUCCUCGCGGAAGUCGUCGAUCAACCCGCCUGGCUCGUCAGUUGACGUUCCGUUCGAGCCUUUGCGUACGGCCUCGACAUCGUCCUCGCAAGCGCAGUACCCUCCGUCCUCGAAGCCCAACCUCGACGACCUCCUCCAAUGGUCCGCCUCGCUCGGUGCGCAAGUGUUCGCCGCCGCACACACCAAGAUGAGCGACAAGCAGGCGCGCGGACUCUCGGAUGCCGACUUGAUCCAUUUCUGCUUCAGUCGCGCGACGGAUCCGCUCCCGCCUGCUGGUUCGACGUACGGCGUCAAGACUUACGAGGCGACGGUCGAGCAGGGGAAGAAGGUGCCCUCGGUGCGCGAGGAGGACGAGCCGCGAGCGGGAGACGUCGUCACCAUCGCAGCCAAGUUCAAGCACAACCUGUCGAGCAAGACGGUCGGUUCUUCUCCCGAGGCGCCUCACGUCGCGAUUGUCGCGGGCUGGGACGCCAAGAAGGGCAAGCUCAAGGUUGUCGAGGUCGAGGGAAGGAACGGGACGGUCGACGAGGGCAGCUACCGCAUCGACGAGAUGCGUGCGGGCCAGGUCGUCGUCUACCGCGUCGCGCCGAAGGAUUUCUUCGAGUGA